AUGGAAUCGAAUUAUCCAAAGAUCGACCUUGAGUCAAAAGAACACUUGAAAUUCUUAGAGGGAUAUUACAAGAAUGAAUUGUUUUCACAAGUUGAUAGCAGCCAAGAUGAUAACGACGCGCUCAAUUCACUGCUAAACACGUACUUCAACAAAACCUUCAGCUUGAUACAUCCAAAUAUUAAAAUAAACGGUCAAAACUACUCAGACUUAAAUUUUGAUGAUGAUGUCGAAUUUGAACACUUUGACGAUAAGCUGCGCUUACAAAUGUCUGAAUUAGACAGCAACAUUGAACAAUUACAGAACAGAUUGGCCGAAAAGAGAAAGCUAGUGCCAUUGGAAUUGGAGGAAUUGUUAACAAGACAAUUAAAGAGGAAGAACACCUCAAAUGUGCCUGAUAAGGACCACCAAGAUGGCGAUGACGAUGUCAACGUCGAUAAAGAUCAACUUGACUUAACAUUCAACAAGGACGGUCUUGAAGAUAUAGGCGUCAAUCUUAAUGACCUUUUAGCCAAAUUACCACAACAAAUAUCAAAAUUAGAGAGAACGAAGAACCUCAAAGAUGACUUGAACUGUAUAGAAUCUUGA